UACAUGUCACGAUAUGUGUACAUACUUAUACAUGUCACGAUAUGUGUACAUACUUAUACAUGUCAGUAUAUCAGUAUAUCUGUACAUACAUAGCUGAUUUAGAUAGUCAGCAGAUUAUAUAGUUUCAUUGCCUGAUUUAAAGAUAUUUCAUCCAUUUCAGGGUGGCUGUUUUUCUUCUUUCCUUUCUACCGUCUCCUUGACAUUUGUCGUCAAAUCACUGAUUGUUGGUGUCUCCUUGACACUUGUCGUCAAAUGACUUAUUGUAAGUGUCUCCCUGACACUUGUCGUCAAAUCACUGUCCUCUUGACAUCCUUGUCGUCACAUGACUCUGGCUAUUUUUAUCUCUCUUUCAGAAUGACAAAAUCAAUCAUAUUCCGCGUACUAUUGAAGCGUGGCUUAAUUCUUCCACUGACCGCCGUUCUGGCUUUUUGGUAUUUUGGUGUAAAUACCAACGUCAUGAAUACGCGCAAAUUCUUGGAAACAGAUACGAUGGGAUAGUUUUGAGGACAGGCGAAACCAUCUCAGGAAAACCUGCGACUCUAUGCCCAAAUUCAAGCAAAGCGGAACACUUGUAUCCUUAAAAGGACAAUAUCUUCUCUACGAUUCUAAACACGACUUUGUCUUCUGUAUGGUACAGAAGAUAGGCUGCACAUUUUGGCGACGGGUUUUCCAUUUGUUAACGCACGUUAAUAUUUCGGAUUUGUAUUCUAUAGAUCCCUACAAAGUUCAUCAGGAAACUUUACCAUCGUUGGAACGUCUCCACAUCAACAAAACAAGACGUAUUUUACAGUCAGCAACAACUGCUCUGUUUGUUCGAGAACCUUAUGAGCGUGCUGUGUCUGGCUAUUUAGACAAACUGUUUGUAAUAAAUAGCUAUUACAUCGAAACACUUGGACGACAAAUCGUAAGAAUGACCAGAAAAAACGCAAGUGUUGAAGCCUUAACUUGUGGCCAUGAUGUGACAUUUACGGAAUUCAUCCAAUACAUUUUGGAAAUGAAACGGAAGAAUAAAAUUCAAAGCAUUGAUCAUCAUUUUACACCCAUAUACAUACACUGUUCGCCAUGUGCGGUCAAAUACGACUUCAUAGGCAGAAUGGAGAAUUUCCAAGAAGAUAUCACAGCGAUUUUUAAACAAACUGGUAUAUUUCGUAACAGAACAAUCACCAUGGAAAUCAAGGAUUUCAUGGGUGAAGAGAUACGGAAUACAUUCAAAGUGUUCAUGACUGGAAAGGCAUUGUCACACUGCAUGACAUUGCCGGAGAUGUAUGGUAGAGCGUGGAAAACUCUCCAACUUAGGGGCAUUAUUAACCCGGAUGUUCCAAUGCCUAGCUCUCGAAAUGUUACCUGGGAGAUAUUGCACCGAGAGGCAGUGGAGGCCAGUGAUCCGUCACGGGUAUUCGAGUAUAAACACGGGGCAUUUCUCAAUUUGUAUAAGACCUUGGACAGAAAGCUUCUGGAAGAGUUUCGAGAAUAUCUUUUACCAGACUGCAAGCUGUUCGGUUAUAACGAUAGGCCUCCAGAAUUUUUUUCAUGAGAAACGAUACUUUGACUAUACGACUUUGCUCAUGUAUACUGUCGCAUAGUUUAGUUGAUUUGCUAAAUGUUCGUAUUUAUCAUCUUCAACACAAAUAAUGUAACCAAAAUUAAUGUAAAGUAAAGCCGAAUGGACAAAAGCUAGCAUCCAAACUCUUACUCUCGAAUGAAGAUAUAUCUGCCCACAGAAAGAAAGCAAUUUCAGAUAGUACUAGUGGGGUGACACCUAAAGGAGUGUCACAGAAUGAAUGAAGUGUAGUUAGGGAAGAUAACUGUGGAUGAGCACGAAAGACAGAAAAAAAUAAAUGCUGAUGGUGAUACAGAAAUGUCCGUCUUGAGUUCAGAGGUUCCAUGCACGAGUCCUGGUUUACAUCAAAAUCGUUCAAUGUCAAUAUUUCGACCAAUAAGAAGCAUCAGCGUGGUUAUAUGGCAAGAAAAUCCGUGAGGUUGAAUUUGCAUCUAAAAUUUGACCGAUUGAAUUCCUCAAUGUAGUUGCUAUGGCAAUGAAUCCCAUGUGGUUGAAUUCAAAUUCCCCUAUUUACAAAAAUGUACCAUUUUGCAUCCAAAUCCAUUGUCUAAACUUCGACAAAUCAGAAGCCUUGAUAUGGCAAUGAUACCCAUGCAAUGGAAUUCGCAGUCCCCUAAUACCAAUAUAUACCAUAUACCAAUGGUAAUCGAAAUCAAACAAUAUCUAAAUUUUCACCAGUCAGAGGCAAAUAAGUCUGUGGCGGCCCUCUUGGCUGACCGAUCGGAAAAUAAAAGAUCAGUUGCAAACCCCAUGACAUUGAA